AAAAGACAUUGGUCCAGAGCAGUUUCCAAUCAAUGAACACUACUUUGGAUUGGUCAAUAUCUCUUUGAUAACUACAUGCAACAGGAUGCUCACGAAUUUUUAAAUUAUUUGCUAAACACUAUUGCGGACAUCCUGCAGGAAGAGAAGAAACAGGAAAAGCAAAAUGGAAAAUUAAAAAAUGGCAACAUGAAUGAAACUGCAGAGAAUAAUAAACCAGAACUCACCUGGGUCCACGAGAUUUUUCAGGGAACGCUCACCAAUGAAACUCGAUGCUUGAACUGUGAAACUGUUAGUAGCAAAGAUGAAGAUUUUCUUGACCUUUCUGUUGAUGUGGAGCAGAACACAUCCAUUACCCACUGUCUAAGAGACUUCAGCAACACAGAAACACUAUGCAGUGAGCAAAAAUAUUAUUGUGAAACAUGCUGCAGCAAACAGGAGGCCCAGAAAAGGAUGAGAGUAAAAAAGCUGCCCAUGAUUUUGGCCCUACACCUAAAGCGGUUCAAGUACAUGGAGCAGCUCCACAGGUACACCAAGCUAUCUUACCGGGUGGUCUUCCCUCUGGAACUCCGGCUCUUCAACACCUCCAGCGAUGCAGUGAACCUGGACCGCAUGUAUGAUCUGGUCGCCGUGGUUGUUCACUGUGGCAGUGGUCCUAAUCGUGGGCAUUAUAUUACUAUUGUGAAAAGUCAUGGCUUUUGGCUUUUGUUUGAUGAUGACAUUGUAGAGAAAAUAGAUGCUCAAGCUAUUGAAGAAUUCUAUGGCCUGACGUCAGAUAUAUCAAAAAAUUCAGAAUCUGGGUAUAUUUUAUUCUAUCAGUCAAGAGAAUAACUUCAAGAACUAUGGAACUAAUUCUGGUGGGGGGAAAUGUUCAAAGCACUGUUACUGGUUUCUCUGCAGAUCUUCCUCCCCAGCAGCCCACUAAUGGUAUCACUCCAAGUCUCCAUGGUCUGGCUGUGUUGGACUUGCUCCUUUGUUUUUUUACAUACAGCACUACUCUUGGUUUUAUUUUGGUCUGAGGUAGAGUUAACUGCAAUCAGAUUGUAGUAAGAUUUGUAUGAAUAACAGUUGCUAAUUUUAGGAUUGUAUGAAUGCUAUGCCACUCAUUAUGUCUGGCUGAAUUAGAAUGACAUUUCCUAUGAAUGUCUACAGUCUAUUUUGGGUGUUUGCUAAACUUCCUAAAUGGCUUCCAGGGUCUUCUUACAAUGCAUUCCUUUAACUUGUCUCUCUGGAAGCACUGCUACCCAUUUGUAGCUCCUCUGCCUCUUCUCAGACAGCAGGACAGAAGAAUUGGGUAGAUGUUCACCUUUUAGGGCUGCAACCAUAGCUUUAAGUUUGUGCAAGUGAAAAUGUUUAAAAGUGAGUAACCUCGAUACUAAAAUCAUCCUCCACGUGGACCAGGGAGAAGAGAAGCUGUUCCUGGUGGCUAGCGUCUGCACCAGGCUGUGCUUACCCGGCGCUAGAAUUCCAGGGGCUUAGAAGGUAUGGAGCUCAGGGCAGGCAAAGCCAAGAGGAACAAGUCUUUGCGGACAGUGAAAAGUUACUUUUCUUAUCUUUCUACCAAAACCAAGUUUCAGGAAAAUAACCCUAUGCUGUUUAUUUUUAGUGACACUUUCCUUCUGUAAGGUCCUGUGAGUUGUGUUUAUCCUGUAUCUGGCACUACUAUGCCUUUCAAGGUAUCUUUCCAAUCCUGCUGAUGUUUUGCAGUCUGUGGUUGCAGGGCUGAGGCCCCACGUCGGCUGCCUCUGGCACAGCUGUCCUUAGCCAGUCAGCACCGACAUCGCUCUUAUAAGGAGGAACUGCACCUUUGCAACUGUCAGCCGCCUCGUACAACUUACUUUUUCAAAUAUAUUCAGCCUGUUUACUGAGGCACUGGUGGGUCCCAGGGCUAAAUGGAACCUUCCCUCGAGGGGAUCCUGAAGUUAGCUGGGUGUGAAGGUGGGUCACAGGAGGUGUCAGUGGCAGGUGGAGGAAUGGACAAAACAGCGGCUAUUUCCUUAGCUCAGACUCCUAGAAUGCUUGACAAGACAGUUUUUUGGAAGAACCUCAUCUCACUAUAGUUACUUUUACUCUUCUCACUUUUGUUAUAUAUAUAUAUUUAUUAGCGCAUUUGAGUAUUGGUACCUUUUAUUCAAAGGGUCGAUUUGCUGUUUUGCCAUUGAGCUGGUUUUUUGAUUUCCUACGAAUACUAUGAAUCAUAGAUCUUGGCUUCCUUUGGGAAGUCUGUUGACUUCCAAACACUAUAAUAUACUGUGAACGUCUUAUUUUGUUACUUAGUACAUCCAUGAACAAAUGCGCAAACUUUUGGCAUAAUGUGAACUAAAAUUGAAAUUGAAAAUGUUAGUGGCCAUUUUGCAACAAUGAAGAGGAUAGCACUUUAUCUAGAUGAAAACUGGAUUUCUUAUCUUUGAAAUAUCUCGAACUGUUUGUUGCUCAGAACCUAAAUAAGCAUGCCACCACUUCACUUGCUCAUGCUUGAAGUGAAAUGUUUUACUUUUCACUGGAGAAGACAAAACAGGGUGAGCUUCAUGCUAUUGUUUUAUACAAGUGACGAAAAUGUACCUUGCCUUGUUUAGAGGCAAAUUCAUAUUUAUAAAUAUUUUGCCUUUUUUCCUCCAUGAAACAUAUACAGUAAUCACUUACCUAGAAGGUGAGUCUUUUAUUCUUUUUUUAAGGAGAGGCACUUUCCAAAUGAAGGUGAUAUAGGGAAAUAUUUGUACUGUAUAUGACCCAUAUAUUUGACUGCACAUUACAAAGUUUAAGAAAAUGAUAGUUGAUCUCUAAUAUAUUUGGUACCGAUUCAUAAGAAAAAACUUAAAAUUAUCUAUGAAAUGACUCUUGAAGCUAAUUUAUUAGAAAAACAAUGUUUCAAUUGGAAGCCUAUAGAAGUAAUAUUUAAAUGCUGAGUCAUAAUAAGUUGAGCACAUUUUUUAAAAUUUGGUUAGACGUAUAAAGAGAUUUUCCCAGUGACGUAACUGAAGAAAUUCCUCUUAUAGAAAGCAUCGUUAAAAUUCAGUAUUCAUGGGUAGAUUUCUGAAAUAAAAAAAGAUAAGUAUGGAAAAUAUUGCAAAGACAAAACAGUUCCAUGAUACAGGAAAAGAAGAUUGGAAAAAGACCAAAAUGCACUUUCUACCAUUAGUUUUUUAAAAUUUAGAGCUAUUGGAUAUUUUUUUUCCCCACUUCCUCUUCAAUAAAUGAAGCAAACAGUAGGCAGCUACAUUUCCCCCCCAACCAUUUCUCUUUAUGUAAAGACAGUAGCAUGCAAACACUUUUUAAAUUUUUUCAUCCCUUUGGUGUGGGAUGUAUGAGCCCAUUCUGAGGUCAACUAUAGCAAAAAGGCUCAGCAAUAUCCCUCCAAUGGCCAGGGUGCGGGUGUGUCAUUUUCCUGCAGGAGCGAGUAGGCCUGCUGUAUUUCCUUUAACUGUUGGGUGUUUUAAAAUAAGUUAUAGUGUUUUACACUUGAAAAAGAAAACAGAUAUCUGCUUUAUUGGUUACUUACUAGUUGAGCAUCUAGAUGAUGGUACAGUAUGCUAAAAAGUCAUUUGUUAAAAAGUAAGUUUUGGUAAGAUGCUGACAUCCUAAUCCUGUUAUAUGGGUGCAUUUUCCUUCCAAGGCAAUAUGGACUAGUGUGAAGAGCGCAAGGAACAACACAAGCUGGGCGUUGGUUUGAAUAGGAAGCCAUCAUAUUUGAUUUUAUGGACUGGUAUAUUUUGGAUUUAAGAUGAAAUGGGAAAAAAAUGACAGAAGUGGUCCCUAUGCAUUUAUUUUCAUGGAUACCCUAAAUUUCAUGGGCAUGCCUAACAAGGAACUAUGUUCUAACUGGAGCUUAGGGCUUAUUUUAGAUAUUGGAGUGUAGCUUUAUUACAGAUGGAUUUUAUCUUUAAACAUUGCAUUUUGAUCAACUUUGUAUAUUCAUGUGUAUUAAAAUAUUGUGCAUUAAAUGUUUUGCCCUCGUUUGCUAUUAUGUGGUCAAGGCACUUAUCAGCAUUAUUGUGAUUAACUCAUGUAAAUGGCAUGGGUCAGGGAAAAUUAUUUCCUACUUUUCUGCCUAAUUAAAUUCCUGUUUUCCGGUAUUACAUUAAUUUAUUUUUGGCUUCCAUUUCUGUGUAACCAAAAUAGUUAUUGUAUUUGUGUGGCAUUCAUUUGAUUUUGUUGCUUAAAAAAAAAAGUUGUAGUUUUUAUUUAAAAUGAUCUGUACCUUAAUUUUUUUUUAAUGUAACCAAUUCAAGCACUUUAAGCAAUAAUGUCAAUCUCGUGAAAUUUCAAUCAGUUUAACACCCUGCCUCUAAAAUUGUUUGCAAAAAAAUAAAUAAAUAAAUAAAAUAGGAAUUCUCUUCCUAGAGAAUUAUAUCCGGGUGCUGUUACACAUGUGGACUUAAAACCCUUUUUAUAAAAUGAUUCAGUCCAGGUAAUCAUUCCAAACUUAAUUUUGAAGCAGUGGAAAUGCAGAGAAUAUUUUGGCUGUUGUAAUAUACAUAAAGGCAGUGCUACAGUCAAGAUUGAUAAAAUCAGUGUUCUGGUAAUAACACACCACUUUUUUGAGUAAAAAAGAACAAUUAAUCCAGAAACUUGUAUCUGUGGAAUAACAAAUUGAGAAUAUCAGUGAAAAGAAGAAUUCAGGGGUAGUUUGUUAGGCAUUGCAAUGAAUUCCAUGUCUGGGACUUUGCAUAUAAAAUUCUCUUUACCAGUUGUGAAAUGAAAGAUGCAUUCCCAAAAUAAUGAAGUGACUUCCAGCUCUGGGAUCCCAUCAGCAUCUGGUUUCUUGGAAGGAGGAGGAGCGUGGUCCUGGCUCUGGUGUCCUGACAGCUGGCCUUCGGCUUCUGGUCCUGUUUCUGAACCACAGGGGACCCUCAGCUUCAAGAAUCCCCAACUGGGUGCACAUCACUCCCAACCCAGAUGGAGGGCAGGUGCAGGUCUCUGCCCUGGUUUCAGAGUGAAGCCUGCUGUUAAUAGAGUCAGGGCUUCUCUUCCCAACUCGUCACUGCAGGGGGUCUGCAUGUGGACAGGAGAUUGUCAUCUGAAUACAUGCAUGGGCCUGAUUAUAGGAAUAAAACCCCAUAGAAGAAGAGCAGGGAAUGCUCCAGUCAGUGGUGAGUCUCCCGGUUCCCAUCCAUCUUCUCUCAGGACAAUGCAGUUGAACCUGACUGAGCUGAAACACAGGCUGUUAGGAAAGUUACCUCUGUCCCCAUGAAAGCCAAAGGAAGAGGAGACCUUUUUGGGAAUGUGUCUUACUUUUCCAGGCCUCAUUUUCUCCAUACGUCAAAUGGGGUUUAUAGGAUAGACCUGUCACCACCCAGAUGACACGGUUUCUGGGGAAUGAGAUGUGUUCUUCAUUUCUCCAAAUUUCCCUGUCUCUCUUCAUUAAUACUUAAAAUACUUUUAACAGGAAAUGACGCUUUCCAUUUCUAUUGCCUUAUAUUUACAUGAAGUUAGAAAUAUUUGCUAAGUGAUUUUUUUUUCUUUGAGGGAAGAUUUUGAUUGUGGAGAUAUAGUGCUAAAGACAACCCACUUAGACUUUUCCUAGAGAUGUCCCAGAUGGAGGGAUUUUUAAUUACGCAGUUAUUUAGCACCUAAUAUGUGCUUGGCAUUGUGAUGGGAGUUGGGGCAUAGAAAGCAAGCAGAUAGGGUCCCUCUUUUAGCCUCAGAAGGAAAGUCUGUGUGGAAAAGAAACUUAAAAUAAUUAAGUUGUGGAAAUACAUGUGUGGGGGGAGCUCACCGUAAUUUUUCAGCACAGAUUGGUGUUCGGCCUGGGUCUCACCGUGCAUAUGGUACUUACUGGUAGGUAAAGGAGGCCCGUUCCUUUUUUCCUUGUAUCCUUAUUUUAUUCUCUGCCUGCUUUUGGUGUUGCCUUAGUCUUCCUUGUAGGGAUGACACAACUUGAAAAACAAAAUGUAAAUCCGGUAUGUUAUAGCAAUGGACUUGACGUUUUGCCUCUUAAUUCUCAUGUUCAAAGAGCCAGUGUAUUGAACAUCCUAACAGUGGGUUUUAUGCAUCAAAUAUCUGUCAUUUCUAAACAGUCUGUUUAUAUUAUUACCAAAUAAUUAGAGCCUAUCUGAACUUACCAAAAUAAAUCAGGGUAUGAGAAUCUUUCAGCUAUGUGAAUAGUGAUUUUAUUGACUUACCAACCUGUGUUCACUUUUUAAGGUUCUCUUACAUUUUAAAGUGCUUUGAACAAAAUAUAUUAGGAGCUUACAAACAAGUGGAAAAUAAUUUCAUUUUGGUUGUGAGACACCAGAGUUGGAAAUAACAGGUUUUGUAAACAGCAUUCCUAAUUUAGUGCUCACUUGCCAUGAGAUUAUGAUAAUGUAUUAAUAACCGUGGGGGUAUAAUAUUCAUGUUUUCAGUUACGCUGAUGCGGCUUUCACUUUUUUCUCUCGGAAGAGUGAGCAUCCAGGUUGUAUGUAAGCCUGUGUGGAAUGCCAGAGAAGCUCUUUCUGGGAAGGAAGGCUGGGCACUUAUGUUGUAGGUUGCAAUCCCAUUUUGUUCUUACCUCCUCAAAGGAGCAGGCUGCUUGGAGGAGAAAACAGACUGCGAUCUGACUUGGCUGGAAGCAAAAUAAUUUGAUAGUUGAAGCCACUAUUUCUAUACGGUUAACCAAGUUUUCCUUCUGUGGUCCAGAUCAGCUGUAUUCAUAUUUCACAGUCUCUCUUAAUGGACCUUGUCAGAGGGAACAUUCUGUGCUGUGACAACUGAAAAUAAACACAAGAAAAACUUAAGAACAAGCCUUCAUACCUUCCACAGCAAGCAAAGUCUGCACUUCAGAGCUCAUAUCUUCAGUUUGAGAAUUGCCUGUUUUUCACUCUGAGGGGAUUAGAAAAAUAUUUUUUUAAAUAGGUUAUGAAAUCUGUGUGAAGAAGAGACUCACUCUGUUGGCCUCCCCGUAGAAUAAAUUGUCUGAAAGCUCUUUGAAAA